AUGGUUGUAGGGUUCAAUUUAAGCGCUACUUUGAACGUAGCCAGAUUGUUCAAAGAUCCUAAACUAUGCAUUCCCAGUAUAAAGUAUGCGAAUUUCAAUGAGAUACAAUUACCUUUACCGAGUCACAUCAAAGCCAUAGUCCUUGAUAAGGACAACUGUUUCGCAAAACCACAUGACGACAAAGUAUGGCCUGAAUAUCAAGAACAAUGGGAUAAAUUGAAACAGUUGUACCCGGGGAAAAAGUUGCUAAUCGUCAGUAACAGUGCAGGCACGAACGAUGAUAUUGGACACAUUCAGGCGAAGACACUGGAGAAGAGCACUGGCGUACCAGUGCUCUUGCAUUCGAUUAAGAAACCAGGAUGCCAUGUCGAAAUCAUGGCCUACUUCAAGAAAAGCAAGGUAUGUGAAGAUCCAUCCGAGGUCGCAGUGGUGGGUGACAGGUUAUUCACCGAUGUGGUAAUGGCUAACACAAUGGGUGCAUACUCUGUGUGGUUACAUGAAGGAGUCAUCAAGAGCUCUAAUCCGUUUGUGUUGCUCGAGCAGCAGGUGUAUAAUUGGUUGCAAAGGUGA